UCAAGCCCACAGCCCUGACCAAAACAAGGAAAGGACGAGCGAAAACAGCGCUGACAGGUCGCCAUGGUAACCGGCCAAUCUCUAUACUAGUGCACUCAACAGUAGUGUGAAAUAGACUUCGCGCAGUGGGGGUGAUGCCUGAUGGGUGGUGCACUCUGCAGGAAAGUAGACUAGUAGUAAACAGAUUGUAGGCGAAGCCAUUAGAACCGUGAGCCGACAUUAGAGUGGAACAGAAGUGGCUUCAGACCCGAAACAGAGGUUCAGUGAUGUCAUAAGCAUCAGGGGGAAAGCGCCCUGGACGUCCUGGAAGGUAACAGCUGCGCUGUCCUGGGGGGAGAACAUGGAUCCUCCGUCUGAGACUGACCAAAUGACCUCUGACCUCCUGAACCGGACUGAUCCGCUUUCUCAGGAUGUGCACCAACCCACUGAGAAAGCUGCACCUGCACACACAGGUUUACUGUCCAAACGAGAUCACAUGGGAUUACCUUUCACAGGUUGUGGAGCAGUGCUGGUAGUGUGCGCGGUAUCCGUGGCCUCCCUCAGUGGUCUCAUGCUGGGCUAUGAGAUGGGUCUGAUCUCUGGAGCACUGCUUCAGCUCAGGGAGGUGCUGGCACUCUCAUGCCCACAGCAGGAACAAGCCGUGGGUGCCCUGCUGCUCGGAGCGUUCCUGCUGUCAGUGGCAGGUGGCACCAUUGUGGACCGUUAUGGACGUCGUUUCUCCAUCAUCCUCACAGCGGUGCUGUGCACAUGUGGUACAUUGCUGAGCGUCUGCGCUCCCUCGUUCUGGACGCUGGUGGUGGGCCGUGUGUUGGUGGGAAUGGCUGUGGCACUCUCGGGCACGGCGUCAUGUCUGUACAUAGCAGAGGUGGCACCUGCUGCCUGGCGUGGGAGGUGUGUAUGUGUGUACGAGCUGAUGGUGGUCCUGGGUGUCCUGCUGGGAUUUGGGCUGAGUUGGGCAUUUGCAGGAAUAGUGGAUGGUUGGAGGUUCACUUUGAGUGGAGUUCUGGUGCCUGCAUGCUUGCAGAUGGUCAUCAUGCCUGUGUUGCCACAAAGCCCACGCUUUCUCUUGACCAGACGCAAACAGAUGGAGGCACGGAAAACUCUGGCCCGUUUACGAGGAACCGUCCCAGACGCGGUGGAGGAAGAGCUGAAGGUUAUCAUGGCAACUCUGUGUGCUGAGCACCAGCAGGGCUUUUUGGAUCUGUUUCGCUCUCAUGCCAACAUGGGGAGGAGGAUGUUUGUGGGAAUGGCGCUGGUGUUUCUCCAGCAGGCUACAGGACAGCCCAACCUUCUGGCCUACGCCUCCACAGUGCUACGCGGAGUGGGAUUCCACAGUAACGAGGCUGCUACACUUGCAUCCACUGGCCUCGGUGUGGUUAAACUGAUUGGUACAGUCCCAGCAAUCUUGCUGGUGGACCGGGUCGGGCCAAAAGCUUUCCUUUGCGUAGGUGCUGUUGUCAUGACACUGUCUACAGCAGCUUUGGGUGGCGUAACACUACACAGCCAAACACAAGUGGCCAGCCUGUGCCAGAGCCCGGGCCAGCUAAAUCAAACUCUAAUAUGGAGGGGACAUGAUGCCAGCAUUAGGACACACACACAUCACGCUAAUGUUUUGUCAGAACAGAAUAACACUCAUCUUCAAACAAACCCUUUUAAACACACUCAGAUACCCUGGAUUUUAAACUCCACAGAGGAACACAGAACAGCAGUAAUGAACUCGGAGACACCAGCACGGGAUUCUUGGAAAGACAGAUCGGAGAUUUCAUUAGAAUCCGUGUCGGGGAGUGAGGUGUCUCCUUUCCUGAAAUGGAUCUCUCUGGUCAGUCUGCUUAUCUAUGUGGCAGCUUUCUCCUUCAGCUUGGGACCAAUGGUCUAUGUGGUUUUGAGCGAGAUUUUUCCCACCGGGAUCAGAGGAAAAGCCGUGUCUGUGGUCUCUGCCUUCAACUGGGCCAUGAACCUGCUCAUAUCAAUGACCUUCCUCACACUCACAGAGAAGCUCGGCCUUCCGAGUGUGAUCUUCUCAUACACUGCACUGAGCUUCGUACUGCUCGUAUUUGUGAUCGUGUUCGUGCCAGAGACGAAGGGCCGAUCACUGGAGCAGAUCUCCAAAGAACUCGCCAUGAAGAACCAUCUUGACAGCACACUGUUGUGCCACCGAUGGCGAAAGAAGCCCAAGACUGACCUGUCACAGGAAGAGAAAUCCUUAGCAGCAGUCUGAUCCCAAACCAACAAGGAUAAAGAAAGAGCAUGAAGAAGAGCUUGGUGGUCAGGGAUGGAAGGAUGCACUACCUGAUUAAUAGAAAUUAGUAGAGAGAUUGGUGAUGAGGCGGAGCCUACUGUGAUAGCCAAGGGAGAAACCACGGUCAGUAAAAUGACUGUUGAUGUGAUGUUCAGUAGUAGCUGGUCGCUGAAAACACACACACACACACACACACACACACACACACAAACACACACACACACACACACUGCCAGGCACCAUAUUGAAGUCUGAAACACAGCCGUGUAGUAUUUUAUUUUUGUCUUAAUCCUUUUCUAAGUGUACUUUUAACAUGAACAGUUUUGGAUAGUGGUAUCCGUAUCUGAAGGUUUUUUGUUUGUUUGUUUGUUUGUUUUUUCAUGUGAAGUUGUUUUUGACAAUCUGUAUAGAUUGACAAAUUUGUCUCACAAAGUUUCACAAAUUAGUAUUUCGUAUAUGGCUGUGUUUUCUGGUUUUGCUAACUGUUCUACAGAACUCGUAAAGGAUUCGUCCUACUGCAGUCCAGAACCUCCUGCAACAAAUGCAGACUCUCUGACUUCCUUCAGCGGUCAGAUGAGAAAUGAUGACGAUGUCAGUCUGUACUAUCUGAGCUCAAAAUGGUGUCCCAUGAACACUACUCCUGUUACUGCUCACCCCAGAGCAGUAUGUACCGUAGGACAGUCACGGUCACAGCACAAGUAUCCACACGACUGGACUGAAGUGUCUUUCAUAUGUACAGUUGUGGUCAGAAGUUU